GAAGAAGAAGAAAAUAAUAUAUUUUACAAUGUUGUAUCAUUCAAAGAUGUCAAGUUUAAAUUGAAUUUUAUUGUUCAAAUAAUUGUAAGUUUGAUUAAAUUUACCGCGUGCCAUGCGCGCUCAUAAAAUCAAUGGGCCGGCUCGACUGUUCAGUGUGGUGGUGUCAAGAAAGGACGUACUGGUCGUCACUAUUUCUUAGCAAAAAAUUAUUAAUGUCGGAGUGAAAUUAAUCUGUUUAAAUACCCUAGACAUGUAAAUACAAGCGACAAAAUGCCAGCCCGAGAAAACAUGGAUUUGUGUACAGACAAAGUACUGUCAAAAGGCAGAAUACUUCAAGAACUGACAAAAGCUGUCAAGCUGGUUUAUGCCCAAAGUUUACAUGGUACAGUUGUAUUAGAUGGUGAUUCUUGGCUAGUUUACUGGUUAGACCGUGCUCUACGUCAUGGUUUACGAGUUGAAAAACAUGGUUAUUGGGGUAUGGUUCGUGAACUUAGUCAUCAUGAUACAAUUGUUGUAAUUCACGCUUUAAAAAGUGUUUUAACAUCUAUUGGCAAAGGUCGUGCUUGGCUUUAUCACACUCUUAGUGAAAGUAUUUUUGAGAGUUAUUUAGCAUGUUUUCUCCGAGACAUAAACAUAUUAAAGAAACAGUAUUUUCCUCACGCUCUUGUUCGUGAUAGUGAUAAAACUCAUCAAUUAAUAAACCUUUUAGCUGGUUUAGAGAAUGUAUCAUUUACUUUGGAACUGGAUGUAACGUAUUUAGAUAUUUGCAAUUACAUGCCGCAGCGGCCUAUGAGUGGUUCACCAUCAGGAACAGCUCUAUCAUUACAUUUAAGGUCGUCAAGUGUCACUUCAAGUCUUGCUUCUCCUGGUGACAGUGGUGUUGCUUUGGACAGUGAUAUAGAUAUGUCCAAUGAAACAGAUGCGAGCAGUUAUAAAGAAGAGGACUCAUCAAUGGACGAUGUUCCCAAGUACAGAAAUAAGUAUAAACUCAUAACGUUUAAUUGUAUCCAGGAUAAUAAAAACUUAGAUCGUUCAUUUUCAUCAAGUGACUCAAGUGAAGAUGGAAAACUACCAGUACAUUCUAAAUUUAAACAUGCAAUUGUGACCAAUAGCGACAUUGUUAAUCAAAAUAUUGUGACAAGUAAACUUGAUGACAAUAAGAUAAACUGUUCUAGUUUAGAAACUCUUACAGAUUACCAUCUAUACAGCAAAAGUUUGAAUGCAUUACGAUUGGAUAAAGCAAAUAAUGCUUAUGAUAAUUCAGCAAAAGAUUAUCUUAAACGAAAUAGCUACUAUGGAGAUCGUAGUUAUAGUUUCAAGAAGAAUAUAGAUUCACGUAACUCAUAUGUUAUAAACAAUGAUACUAAUUUACUAGAACUUAGUAUGACAAUUUCUGAUUGUGACUGUUGUGCUGAAACUCCUUAUAGUAUCUUAAAUACGAUUAAUAUGACAGAUACAAGUAUUUUAUCGUCUUCUGGCAUAGAGAGUGUUGUCCAUAGGAGACAGCGUAAAAAGAAACGUAGCGAAACUAAGAAGCGUGUGAGUUUUCAUGAAGAUAUUUUUAAAACGAUGAAAUUGGACGAUGAUGAAAAUUUCUCAGAUUUUUCUAUGAGUUUUACACCUGUUGAUUCUGUGCAAAAAAAAGAUGCGCAGAAAGGAAGAUAUAGUUGGUGUGCUAAUGGAGAUGCACCUUACGUUCAAAAAAGUAUCAAUACCAGAAAUGCGUACUCAGAUUAUUAUUCAUCGUCUUAUAAUGGUACUUUCAAUCGUAAUAGUGAAUGUAAAAUAUGCAAAAACUGUAGAUGCACAUGUGGUCCAUCAAUACUAGAACGUGGAGUUCCAGAAGGACAAGAGGACCCUGGUAAAAAUUUGAAGUCAACGAUGGAAAUCGAACUAGCUGAUAAUGAAGCACAAGAAGCUUAUUUUGUUGAAAAAGAAUAUGGAUGUAUCGUUGAAGAUCCAGUAGUAAAAUCAGAAAUGCCCCAGCUGAUGAAUACAAAAAAAUAUAAUAAUUCCAGCGAUUGGUCAGAUGUAAAUAGCAUGUCAACCUCUGCUGAUUUUGAGGAUAAGAAAAGUUCUAGGCACUUAGCUUCGCCGGUAAAGAAAUCGAAUAUGACUUCAAUUUUACCUAGUGAUAAUGGAAAACUUUUAUCUUCAUCAACAAUUCGACAAGCUUCCUCAAGUACAUCAUUACUUGGAAGAUUUUUAAGAUCAAUUACUCAACGUAAAUUUGAAGUUCAAAAGAACAAAAAAACAUCAAAAAAUAGUACUUUGUAUAUUAAGGGUAUUAAAGUUGAUUUAAACGCUUUUAAAGAUUUGAAUGACGAUCUAGAAAAAGAAGUGCAAGAAAAUACUGUAGCGGAAAAACAAGAAUUCAGCGGUGAAAAAAUAAGUCUAAAACUUAGAGAAAUCUUCAAACGUGAUAUUUACAGAGAUAAAACAGAGGAAUUAUACAAAGUGUAUAAAGUUCGAAGUUCAUAUAUGACCAACGGUGAUAGUCGACCAAUGCUUACAUUAUUAACUGAUAAAACACUCUAUUUAACUGGUUUAAAAUCUGACAAUAUCUAUAGCAAUCAAUUUGUCAUACCAUAUAAUGAGUUAGAUGUGAUUAUGAUUGGACCAAAUGCACAAACAAUUUUAAUAUCUAACGCGGACUGUGAGAUGCAGUAUUUAUUUUCUACAGGUUGUUCUAAGACAACUCAUGAGAUUAUAACUCACCUGGAGAUAGCUAUGAGACGAUCACCGUCAAAACCACGGUUACCAGCAGUCAAAGAGCUCAGUUAUAAAGAUAUGCAAAAUUUAAAGCACUCAAUCAUGUCGGAGACAGCUGUAAAUCAAGAGGAAAAAAUUAAACAUUACAGUUUAAUUUAUAUGGAAGAUGAUCACAUAUCACCUCCUAGUACUCCUUGUGGUCCAACAAAAGAAGGAGAUCUGAUGUUUCGACCGCAUUCUUAUCAAUCAUUACAUCCUAAUGCUCCAACACAUCCUUGGGAAGCAGGUUAUUUUGUUUUAAAAGGUGGAGUCGUCUAUGUGUUUACAGAUUCUAAUCAGAGACUUCCAAAACGUGCUAUUCCGUUAAAAGGUGGGCUUUGUCAAGGCUGCAGACGAAUUCCUAAUUCUCAUCGACCUCAUACAUUUGAAAUACUUCUUAAACCAAAUAAGUCGUUUCAAUUUGCUGCACCAGACGAAUAUGUUGCUUCUGAAUGGCUACAAAGUUUUGUACAAAGUGCAUCUGGAUUAUUUGAUUGUUCAGAGCAAAAGAAUCCUUUACCAUGUAGUUUGGUUGCAACUACAAAGCAUCUAGUAACUAUAAAAGAAGUUUUUCCAGGUACUCAAAGAGGUCAGACACUUUCUUGUGCAACUGUUGAAGACUUGACAGCUUUUCGUGUACCCUUGGCACAGCAAUCAUGGUGUAUUUUGGAAUUCGCUUGUCGAGAAGUUCAUGAAAGUAGUGGAGACUGGGUAAUUUACUUUACUAAUUAUGCUGAACUGUGUGCUUUUCAAGAAGUCUUAGAAACUUUAUGGGCAAAUGCGAAAAUGGGUGAAUUCCCGAUGGUAACUCUACCGCCAGAAAACAAAUUACAUCGGCGUUGUUCAGAUGUUAGCAAGGAUCUUGAGUGUGUUUGGCAACAUUUAUUACCCGUAUCACCUAAAUAAAAUAGCUAAGUCACACAAUCACUUAUAUUACUCUAAAUGCAAUAACGCUACAAAAUAAAGUCUUGAUUGUUUGUUGUUAAACAAGCCAAAAAGAUCUUUAUUCCGUAAACAACAAUAUCGCAACAUUUUUCAAAAUAAUUAUUCAAGAUAUGCUUGAGAAGCAAACAAAAGUAAAAAUGAAAUAAAAAUAGUAUUUUAUUUGACGAUGAUUACUAUUCAAUUUAAUUGUGAUCAUUAAUAAUCAUCCAAGUUAAAUUGUAAUAAGUUAAUGAUUAUGUUAAAAGAACAAUGCCUGAACUUUGCAAUAGUAUGUUUCUAUCGAGUACUCUUUUUAAAAAAGGCAUUUAAUGGAGAUUUCUUAUUCAUUAAUAUGCAAUAUAUUAAUUUUAUAAAUAUAACUUGAAUAUCAGAUUACUAAAACUUAAUAAAACUCAAAUUAAGUAGAGGUUUAAAAAAAUGUUAAAGUAUUUGAAGAAAGGUAGCUCUUGGAAAACAUAUAUAUACAGUAUAAUUCUAUUUAUUUAAUUAAUUAAAGCUUUGAAAAAUCAUAUUUGUUAAUUUAAAGUGCAAGUAAAGAUAAUAUCUUUGCACAAUAAUCAAUUGAUAUUGGAAAAAUAGUGCAAUAUAAAUAUAUAGGUAUAUAAAUAUAUUAUUAAUUGUAUUCGCUUUAUUAAAUAUAUUAUAAAUGUAUCGUACAUUAAUUUAUAAUAGGGAGAUUGUUAAAUAACGGAAAAUCGUGAACGAGUUCAUUAUUAAUCGUAUGGCUGUCUAAUAUUAUUAUAAUACAAUUGAUGUAAGAAUGAUGUAAGGUAUAUAUUCAUUCAGUAUUCUAUAAGUUUAUUUAUAUAUAAUCUGUAAGAGAGAAGGAGGUACAUUGAAAGUUUUUUUUUUAUUUAUUAAUUAUAUUACUUCAAAUUUAGUCAAGUGACGAAUAAUUUUUAAUACUCAACUUAUUAAUUUAGACUUUUACCUUUCAUAAUAAACAGUAAUAACUUAAUACAAAAAAAAAUUGUAUGAACACCAAUGAAAAUGAAAUAUGUUUUUUUAGAUUGCUUACGAAAGUUUGGAGUUUCAAUGAUUGUUCAAUUGUUUAGUUGAAACAAGACAAUUUUAGAUCGAUACGUUCAUUUACCAGAAGGAAAUGAUCGAUUUUUCCUCAAGAGAAUAAACAGUCUAAUUCUUACUCACUGAUCAAAGUUGAAAUCGUUGCAGUCUAAUCGGAAUUUCUUUUGUUUAUUGUAAACCUAAAAAUACCUUACCAAGUUGACAGUUAGAAAAUGAGCUAAUUAGUCUUCAAUUAUAUAAACCAAUUGUAUCGUUUUGACUGACUUCAAACAUUAAUACUUCAAAUUUUGAUACAAGUAAUAUGAAAUUAAUUCAUACUAUUGUUUAUAGCCGUCAAUAGGUUUUCCAUGCUCGCUAUUUUGUUUCAAUUUGCUUUACCAGUGUACCUUAGAUAGAUAUUAAUUUUAUGUUGUUAUAAAUUCAUGAAAAUGUUAUUACUUUUCUCUACUCGAGAGUGAAAAA